CAAUGUAAUAGGAUAGCAUACGCCAAAGACAAAAUCGGAGACAGUACCAAAUCUGCCUUACAGACAUGAGGGCUAUCGUUCAGAAAGUAACCAAAGCUUCAGUCACAAUCGGAGACCGUUGUACGGGAUCUAUUGGUCCAGGAAUGUGUGUCCUGCUUGGAAUAUCAACAAAAGAUACAGAGAAAGAGAUCGAAUGGAUGGCAAACAAGCUGGUAAAGUUGAGGAUAUUCAACAACCCUGAGACAGAUAAACCCUGGGAUGCAGACUUGCUGCAGUGUAAAUUAGCGAUACUCGUCGUCAGUCAGUUCACCUUGCAAUGUGUUUUGAAAGGGAACAAGCCAGACUUCCACGGAGCUAUGAGAGCUGAACAGAGUGAGCAAAUGUACAACAAGUUUUUGGAAGUUCUCAAAUCGAAGAUUCCUUAUUCUGAUACCCUUGUUCAAGAGGGCGAGUUUGGAGCGUUUAUGCAGGUACACAUUCAGAAUGAUGGACCAGUUACUAUACCGAUAGAUACACCCGAGAGCUUGGCGACACAGAAAGUGAAACCUUCCAAAUCAGCUAAACAAAACAAUAGAAAUCAAGGGAAAAAGAAGGCUGAAAACGCGGAAAAUAGUACUGAUAAAAAAGUAGAAGAAGUAACUGAAGAUCUUGACAAAAAAUUGUAAUUUAGUCGGGAUGUAUGUAUAUGAUUUUAAAUUUUUUUGAUAGAAAAUCUAGGUGCAUUAUGAUGUAGAUGUAUAGUCUUUAGAAGUUUGUUCUUGAAGUUUGUUCUUGAAGUUUGUUUCUUAAAUUUAUUUAUUUCCUUCUGUAAGUUAUAUAUUUCUAGGAAUAGCAAUUAAACCAAGGUAGUUUCAAGGGUAAAUGCACCGUGGUGUUCGCUCGUCAACAUCUCAGCGUUGCAAUUUCCAAAACAAGUGUAUUUUCUCUUUACACUAGCUUGAGCAAUUAUCAUAUAUCUUUGUAUCUUUUCUUGGGUUAGUAGUCUCGACUGCAUAGACAACUUUCACCACCAUUCAAAGCAAGUUA